AUGCUAAAUAGAGAAUGUAUAUUUAUGGAUUUCUUUGAUGGUCACGAUAUUUGGCAUUUUCUUGGAGGAUCAGGUUUUCUGGUUCUCACUGUAUGUUUUCCUAGAAUAACAGGCAACCAGGAUAUCUGUUAUUACAAUGAUUUGUGUCGGCGUCCCCUGGGAGUUAUUCGAGAUUUUAAUCACGUGUUCAGUAACCUGGGAUACUGUGUGUUUGGUAUUCUCUUCAUGUUGAUAGUUUACUUAAAGAAAUGGAAAUAUACAACAUUCUUUCAAGACAACAAAACUAUACAGGAGGUAGAAUACGGAGUACCGCAGCAGUACGGAAUCUACUUUUCUAUGGGGUUGGCACUCUUUAUGGAGGGUGUUAUGUCAGGUAGUUACCAUGUCUGUCCGACCAACAUAACUUUCCAAUUUGAUACAACAUUUAUGUAUCUCAUGUGUAUCCUUAUGUUCCUUAAACUAUAUCAGGUGCGCCAUGCGGACGUUUCUGCUAAUGCAGUGGGUGUUUUCUUCGGGCUAGGAGUCUCUCUAAUUCUUGAAACUGUCUCAAUUUUCUACAGUGGUCCGUGGUUCUGGGCCUUCUUCUGUACAGUAAGUAUUUACAUAGAGGAGUUUUCAUUUUUUAAGGAUCAAUUUGUAUUC